AUGAAGUUUGGAAAGUAUCUUGCUUCAAGACAGCUCGAGCUUCCUGAAUACUCGGGUCACUUUAUAGACUAUAAGGCAUUAAAAAAGUUAAUUAAACAAUUAGCUAUACCAGCAACUUCUAGCAGUAAUCGAGAUGGAACAAGAACUAGCUUAACUCAACAGGAAAUUCAAGAAACUUUAAAAGAGAAUAAGGCCUCAUUUUUCUUCAGAGUUGAGAGAGAACUUGAUAAGGUUAAUGCUCUUUACUUGGAAAAGCAGGCUAAUUUAGCGGUCAAUCUAGAUGUUUUGAUUAGAAAAAAAAAUGAACUAUUUAACAAAUCUAGAUAUGCUCUCAAUACGUACGGAAAUGGUUCUACCUAUAAUGGGUCCUCGACCUCAAAUUCUAACUUCAAGAAUUCAAUUUCUUAUUUGAAUCUCUAUCAAAACUUCAAGAAAAUCCACCAAGAUUUGAUUAGAUUACAGCAAUUUAUUGAGUUAAAUGAAACUGGAUUUUCUAAGGUAGUGAAGAAGUGGGAUAAACGAUCAAAGUCACAUACAAAGGAACUAUUUAUUCAGUCAGCUGUUAAUGUACAACCUGUGUUCUAUAAAAAUGAGAUUAAUGAGUUGAGUGAUAUAGUGACACAGUCGUUAUUUGAUCUCGAAUCAAUCAUGGAUGGGGAUUACAGUGUUUUGGAUAAUCCCAAGGAUGCGACAACGUCAUCAAAUCAAAUUAACAUUCUUCAUUCGUUAUCAAGAAACAAUUCUAUCACAAACAUUACCCACCUAAGAACACUGGAACGCAAAGAUUCUACGAGCUCUAAUAAUUCUAUGAGUCCUAUGCAACCGCAAUUUCAACCUUCGAGAAAUAGUUCAAUUUCAGGUUUGGACAGUAACGAAAUUGAUGAACUAUAUUUGAGUUUCGUUAAUGUGGCAACUAUAGAGGACCCCGAUAGAUCAGUUUUGAAAAAUUGGAUUGAGAAAAUAAAAGUCACAUCUAAGAGCUCGCAUUUCACAGACCCGGUAAACCAAAUUAACCGUUCAACUAGAGCUAAGCUUUCAAAGAUCUUUUUUUUGGCUAUCUCAAAUGUGGAGAUAUCUGACACCUUUUUAGAAUCAUUUCUAAAUUUGAUCAAUUAUGACAUAGACUUCGAGUUUAUAAGUGAGGAUCUCAACAAUAACAGAAAUAUAUUUCAUGAGUGCUGUGCUAUUCAGCCUGCCUUGUCAGAAGGAAACCAUCAUUUUGUGAUAAACAAUGGUGUCAAAGUCUACAGUUCAAUUGAUAAUGUGAAUAAAUCGAGGAGUUUUAUUUUAAGUUAUAUGAUGCAAAAUUUGCCAGACCUUGAUCGCAAGCGUUUGUUGGUUUGCAAGGAUUUUAAUGGUAGAAAUGGGUUACAUUAUGCGUCACAAUAUAACAGACUAGACAUUUUUGAUAUUGUUCUACCAUAUUUUCCAGCCGAAGGGCUCGACAGCUUGGAUAAUGAGUCCAUGUCACCAUUGCUAUUGGGCAUAAAGCACAACAAUUUUGAUGUUAUCAGAAGAUUGGUUGAACUGGGUGCGAAUUUGUGUCCUGAGGGUGACGAAUCUAAGUUGCAAUAUUUACCUAUCAACUAUGCAUGCAAAUUUGGUGACUUCAGAACUUUGGAAUAUCUUUUGUCUCAUAGUGAGAAGGACCCUUCUUUAAUCAAUCGACCAGAUGUUGAAGGAUUGCUUCCAUUACAUGUAAUUUCAAGGUCUGGACAUGACAAGCUUAUCAGAUUGUUUAUUACACACGGAGCUGACGUCAACAAACCGGACGGUUUAAAUGAUUGGACACCUAUAUUCUACGCAGCUCUGGAAGGGCACAUGAAAACUGCCCAAAGGCUAGUUGAAUAUGGGGCUAAGGUUGAUAUACUAGACAAGGAUGGAUAUAAUGUAUUGUAUUAUUGUGUUAUCGAAGGUCAUAUUAAUGUUUUGAAUAAGCUUUUAAGCUACGGUAAUAAAAAUAACUUCGAGUAUUUUAAUGAAAAGCAAAAUUCAACUGAUGGACAAUCCGAAAACUCAUCAUUGAAAAUUCAGAUUGAUGGAGGGGACAAAGAUACAUCAGCUUCUAUACUUGAUGACGGUGAUGAUUCCGAAGAUAGUGGAAGCACUGAAAAAAAUAAUGCUGAAUCCAUUCCAGAUCUUCAACUUCCCCCUCCAAUUAUUCCCUUAAGAAGAUAUGGUCAUAAUUUCUUAGAGCAGAAAGUCCUAAUUGAACUAAUAUUUCCGAAUGAUCUUAGAAUUGUUGAGCUUUUCAACUCAGCCAAGGAUCUAAAUCCUGGAAGGAUAACUAUAACAUCAAAUAUUUCUGAUAUGAUACCGCGCAACAUUAUACUCCCUGGGACAGAUGAGUCAAAAUCUAUUAGGAAUUGUAUAUUUCAAACUGACGUUGAAUCGUUACAUGAGUUCCGAAUAGACUUUGAAGUAUUUCCCAAAUUUGGCACCAGACUUAUAGCCAAAACAACAGCCCUUUCAUUUUCUCACAUCGACACAGUGUCUCCAGAAAUAGACUCAAUUCAAUUACCCUUAUUUGAUCUGAGAUUGAGGAAUGUUGGAGAGUUAAAGUUCAAUUACCAGGUAAUUUUUCCAUAUUCAGGCACAUUGCUUGAGACAUCGAAAUUUGAUACUUACUGGAAAUCUUCAACUUCUGUUCUAAAUGACAGCACACCCGCUGCUGCCGUGUCUAAUAAUUUCUCUCCCUCGAGUAUCAAUUCAUUUAUGGGUGACAGUAAGAAUAGCAAGGUUUCUCCGAAAAGGCCAUCUAACGACAAGAAAGGAAAUUCAACCAGUGCAUGCCCCAGCUCAUUCGUAACAGCAACAUCGUUAUCUGGAGAGUACCUUAGAAUAAAAGUAUGCUUGCUUAAUGAUGGCACACCUGUCGUAUGUCCUCAAUGGUCAAUACCAGUCCUGGAAAACAUCGAAUUAUAUUUACCAAACUUAUCGAUAGAGCAACUUUCUUCCAUCACAAAUUCUUUGUUUGACUAUAGUAAAGUCAUACAUGACUUGUCGAGGAUGACAAUCCAAGAUUUGCCGUUAAUAAAAAAGCUAUUAAAAAUAAUUUACAUGCCGCUAGAUAUCCUUUUGGAAAUCAUUAACGUUGAUAUAAAUUUGAACUUAGAAAUUAUAUUUCCUUCGCUAUAUGAAUUAGAGAAACUUUCUUUUAUUGGAAGCAUACAGCAGAAUUUAAACAAGUUCAUUGAUUUCACGUUGAAUGAUGUUUUCGAUCAUGUUAGGUCAAGGAAAUUAAAUGAGGGUUCUCGAAGAUCAAUUAUCUUUUUGUCUUCAAACGCAUUGAUAUGCAAAAUCCUUAACUGGAAACAGCCUAAUUUUCCGGUGUUCUUAAUAAUGAGUGGUAUAACAUACAAUAAUAUUUCCAAGAGGUUCGAAUCGCGUUCGACCAAUGGUCUUAUAAUAGAUGAAAAAUCUACAGACGAAAUUCCCAAUGUGGAUAAUAGUAAUGACAAAAAUAACGCGAUAGCUAGUCACCAGGAGAAGACUAUCAGAUCAAUUAAAGAUGGAACAAAUUUCACAACAAAUAACAACCUCAUUGGUUUGAUUAUAUCCGUGCAUUUACUCAAUAUCGUUCCUAAGUUGAUUCCAUUAAUAAAGUCUCGAGGGUUGGUUUUAGUUGCAUCAAGCGACAUAACUGAUCAAGACGAUGAGCAGAAAGACAAGCUUUUCAAAGCACUUGACUCAUAUACAAAAUCAGAAAUCAAUGGCUUGAGGUUUGAUGACGUACUAAGUUUUAAUGAAGACAUAUCUAUGUAG